AUGUCCUCAUUUGGCGGGAGAUUACCGGAAGCGCUGGUGCGGAGAUACGCGCGGGGGAUCUGCGAGGGGCUGCGCGAUCUGCACGCGCGCGGAAUCGUCCACUGCGACAUCCGCGCCGCCAAUGUGCUCUUAAACGCGGACAAAGGCGAGGCGAAGCUCUGCAGCUUCGGCUCCGCAAUCCGCGCCGCCGCCGCCCCCGCCGCCGACGGCUCCGCCGCGGAAGCCGCCGGCGCGAGGAAGCCGCCGCCGGCGCGGUUUCAAGGCGCGGGGGCGUACAGCUGGAUGGCGCCGGAGGUGGUCCGCCAGGAGGCGCAGGGCUGCGCCGCGGAUAUCUGGUCGUUUGCGUGCGUAGUUCUCGAGAUGAUCACCGGCGAGCCGCCCUGGACCGCGCAGCUUCAAGCGGCGGGCUUCGCGGCGGCGACUGUAAGCGCGGCCGGCGGCGGCGGCGGCGGCGGCGGCGGUGGUGGUGGCGCGCGGGCAUGCGAUCGAGACGCGGUGCUGCAUAUGAUUGCUGCUGCAGAGAGGCUUCGCACCCCAGACCGUUACAGAAUAGGGUUACCACGAUCCGCGUCAGCAGGUUCGGCAGAAGAGUCAGGCUCCACAACAGGCAUGGCAGCAGGUAUGGUGGCAGGCAUGGGCCCGGGAGGGUUUAAUGCAGCCCCCCCGCUCACGCCGUCCAGUUCCUCCAUGCAUUCAGGUGGUUACCAUAAUUCGCUCACUUCGCCAAACGCUGCUGUUGGGGGAUCAGGGGGAGGGUUCCUCACUUCGCCUGGGUCUGGCGGAGGGGGUCCGGGGGGAGGAGCGAUGGGGGGAGGAUCAGGAGGAGGAUUAGGGGGAGGGGGGAUGGGGGGCGCAGCAGGCGGGGGAGCCUCUUUGGACCGCCCCCCAACGCGCCGAACUCCGCUCCAACGGUCCCAGUCACAGCCGAAGCAGCUCAUCUCCACUCACGUUGCACUGCCUGGCACUGGUAACCCUGUUUGUAACCCUAGUCCGCCUGGUGUGAUCGCGAAUCUGGCCCAGGGUUCACCGAGCAGCAUUCCCCCUACUGGUAAGGCGUCCAGCAGAAAUGCAUCUCCCAUGACUAAGCCUCCUCCUCCUCCUGCUGCUUCUCCUGCUGGUUCCGGCAGCGCUGGUGCAAACCCUAAUAUGCCAAUGGUCGAUCUGGGGGCGAACUCAAUGAACCCAGCCCUAGCUGCUGCUAUUCCCGGCCCGCCUGCUCUAACAGCUGAAGCAGCAGGGGGGAGUGCCGGAGGAGCCACUGGGCCGGUGACAGGUGGCGCGAUGCCAUUGGGCCCGGUGCUGGUGCCUCCCCCAGGCAUCCGCAUGGGACCGUUGAUGCGGCAGAUAUCCAAGGGUCAGGAGGCGAUCAGAGCCGCGGCAGCUAUGGCUGCAGCAGGAGGAGGAACAGCAGCAGCUACCGCAGCAGCAGGGGCAGCGGCAGUAGGGGGGAUGGAGACAGAGAGUGGAUUUCUCCCGCACCAGCAGGCACAGGCUCGGGCCACCCCUCCUCGCCCGGGCCUCCCCCGAAGCUCCAGCGGUGGUAGCUCCGGAAACUACAGUGUUUCCUAUGGGAAUGGCUCAUCCUCCGUUCCUGGGAAUGGAGGUGGAGGGGCCAAUGGUGGUGGUGGUGGUGGUGGUGGUGGCGGUGGCAGCAGUGGUUAUACCGCUGCCCUUCCCCCCUCUCCUGAAGGCGUCACCUCCCCCAACACCAUAUUCUCUGCUCCCUCUCCCCCCUCCAUGCCCCCUCGUCGUCCCCACGCCCACCGUCGCUCACACAGCAUCUCACCCGAGCAUGGUCAUUUGGGGUUCAGUGCUGCUGCCGGGGCCACCCUUGGGAUUGCCGCUGGCGCUGGUGGGAGCGCUGGUGGGAGCAGUGCUGCUGCCGCUGCUGCUGCUGCUGCUGGUGCUGGUGGUGGUCGAUUCAGUGCUUACCUUCCCCCAGCCAUGGUGUGUUUCGGGAAUCCCAAACUUGACGAGUAG